ACUGCACAGCUGACUGUUGACGUAACGCAUGUUGACGUUUGUGUCUAAUAUGGCUUCCAGCGCCUGGUCCGAAAGAAUACUGCAGCUCCUUCGGCGAAUGAACAACUUUUAUUCAGCAGGUUCCAGUCGGUCCAGCUGCUUCAGGUUUGAGAUAGACGGAGCCCAGGUUGGCUGGAUUCCUCCCCAUGUCGUCUCUCUGCUCACGCCACACACGGAUGUGUUCCUUCCGCCACAGAGGGGCGCUGUUUCCCUCUGUCCCAGCCUCGACUGCUACGAGAAGAGGUCAGAGGCGGUGAACGAUGUUUUAGGGGCCCUCAGGCAGGAGAGCUCUCUGACCUGCCUCAGAGGAUGGAGGGAUGAGAGGUACAGUGUGAAACAGAGAUUCUGUGACGUGCCUCUGAUGUGGAUGGAAAGAGCCGCCACAAGUAUUUUUGGUGUUAAAAGGUACGGAGUUCAUAUUAAUGGAUACACUGUGAACGGCAGCGGGGAGAUUAGCAUGUGGCUAGCCCGACGGUCCGUCACCAAGCAGACGUAUCCUGGACGGCUGGACAACAUGGCGGCUGGUGGUCUGGCUGCUGAUGUUGGAAUCAAACACACUCUGAUCAAAGAGUGUGAGGAGGAAGCUUGUAUCCCAGCAGACAUCGCUGCGAAGGCGUCGCCAGUAUCGACUGUAAGCUACACCUACGAGAAUGAAGAGGGGGUUUUCCCAGAGAGCCAGUUUGUCUUCGAUUUAGAACUUCCCCUGGACUUUGUGCCCUGCGUAGGAGAUGGAGAAGUUCAGGAUUUCUACCUGCUGCCCAUAGAGGAGGUGAAGGAACUGCUGGCCACUGACGACUUCAAGCCCAACUCUGCCUUGGUCAUCCUGGACUUUCUCAUUCGACACUCGCUCAUCGAGCCGGACACAGAACCGUACUAUCAGGAAUUUGUAACGGGACUCCAUCAAACACUGUAGACCCAAGAAGCAGUUAUGCAGAGGCCAUCUUGGAGUCCGGUAACUCGGAGCCGAGCAUUUAGGGGAGUUGGUCACUUGAUAACAGCAGACUGGGCGUCAGAACUGGGACGGAUCCGGUCUACCUCAACUCUUGGAACAUCUCAGAGAUGUUUAUAUAAUGGAUCAAAGCCCUGAAGUUGGGAUUUUGCUCAUUAUUUAGGGAUUCUUCCAAAUCUGUACGACGAGGAAUUAAAGGUGGAAUGCCGAGGUGCAGAACCUGACCUGAGGAUGAUCGCCCAGACUUCACCCAGCUCUCCUUCCUCCUCCUCAGCCUUUUCUUCUCGUCAUCUCUUAAAGCGCUCCUCACCUCUGAAAUGACUCGUCCUUCUUUGAACACAGCCUUCUUAAGUUACUGUAAAUCAUAAAUGUUUAACAUUAUCUGAAUGAAAUGACCUCCUGUUUGUUUGUUUGUUGGUUUUUUUUGGUUCCAGCUGUUUAAAAGCCAGAUUUUCUUUUUCUCAAUUUGUGUCUUGUUCUGUUUUUAACACUGGAGAUUGAUGAUGAAAUGUUUCCAGAAGACAGGCCUGUCACAAUAACUGAUUUUGUUGGACGACUAAUUGUUUUAGAAAUGAUUGCGAUAAAUACUGUUGUUUUGAGACCAUUUUCAGAAUGAAUAAUGGAUAAAUAAUGCAAGCGCACCCUAUCAAAGAUCAAUAAACUUUAGUUUUAAAAGAACAUAAAACACUGGAACUGGAAGACAUUUUAAAUAUCCAAAAUAAAUAAACCCAGUAAUAAAAAUAAAUUAAAUGGACUAUUAAUUGCCCUUCAAAGCGUAUUAAUCAUUAUGCUCAGACAGGGAAAAUGGCUGCAACUGCCCGGCAGGAGUUUUGUCAAAUGUUUUCUGCAUUUGUCAAAAUGGCAGCUUUUCAAUAAUAUUAAAGGGCACCUAGAAUCUAUUUAAAGAUUAAUCAAACUAAACAAGCAUUUACAGAAAUGAUUGUGGACACACCAUUAGCAUUGAUUGACCUUAAAUGAGAGAUUGGUUUGUGAAUAUCAGAUAUUAAUAAAAGCAAACAUAAACUGUUGGCUCACCUUCACCUCAGCAGGGAUUGUUGGAAUAAUAAUUCUGGGCAGUAAACUAUAAAAACUAGAUAGUUAUUAUAUAAACAGUAUAUAAAUAAACUAUUAUAUAAAUAGUUACUAUAUAAACUAAAAUAGUGGAAGGAAGAUUCAUCUGAAGACCGUGGCGGUUUCUGAUACGGGCAACUUGGGCAGCCACCCAAAGCGGUUCCUCACCUUAGGGCCAAGAAGUCAGUUUUGGUCCUCCGAGGCCUUCCAGGAGUGUGGGAAAUUUCAGUGUAAAGAGCCUCGUAGCACAGGAUCCGUCCAUAAUCACCUCACAUUGCUAGCUCCUUAAAAUCUUAAAAUAUUUUAAUUUGUCUAUUCUGAAACCAUGAAGUCAAAUUUAACAACACUGUAACUCUCAAUAAACAAUUGCUAAAUUCUAGAUCUAUUAGAUGUUAAAAUGUUUAGCAUUUACAGGUGCCCUGAAGAUCUGGAGGACCGUAAGCAGCUGCCGAGUUCAGCUAUAAAUGUGACCAGCAUUACAUUUAGACCACUGGAUGAUUACUUAGGUGGGAUUUAACAGAAUCUACUGAUGGUAGUAAAAAUGUUAUAUUUUACUUGUACUUUUGGUUUGUCGCUUUUAAGAGCCUAUAGAUGUGUGAUAAGUAUAAUCUACGAGGUCUUCCAGUAAGUAUACAAUACAGAAACAUGGCAGCCUGCUGGUGAACUGAGGCCCCAUCAGGCCCCAGAGGCCCCAUCACUAGCCUUGGCAAGUUUUAUGGGGGAAACUUUGUAUUGCAGUGAGCUGCUUCUCAACAAUUGUUUGAUAGCCUAUUAAAUACGGAUGCACAAACAUGAAAAUUGGGGCUGAUAACCGAUAUUUACCAAUAUCACAUAGAUUUAAAGUAUUUCCUUACAAUUUUGACACUGUAGAGGCCCACACCACUUUCAUUCUCUACUACUUCAAAACUGGAUCAAACCUGUUGCCUCCUCUGAACCUGGAUAUUCUGUAUGGCACAGAGACAAAUGGGUGGAAAAUAUUCACAGAACAAAUAUUUGACCUCACAUUUGUACAUCUUUUCAGCUCUUUGUUUUUUUUUGCCAGUUUGUCAUGUUUGGAUGUAAAUGAAUAAUGUGGGCUCCACUUAAAUCACUGGAAAACAGGAACUGGUAAUAACUAGACCGCUUAAGCUGCUUUCCUACAUCUUGAUCCGUUUUUAUGAGAGAGCUCUGUUACCGUUUUAGAAAACAUGAAUGUCUUUGACUGUGAAACACUUCACUUGAAAUCAUCUUGUUGACAAAUCACACGAGAACGAACCGCAGCGCCUUUCUCUGUUGACUUUAUUUCCUUUAAAAUACAUUAAAAUCUGCAGAAGUUUCAAGAAAGGUUUUGUGUAUAAAUGAACAACUGUCUUACAAAUCCCUCAGGAGCUGUGUGCAUUUCAGAAGGUUUCCAGAGUGUACACAACACUGACCUAAUGUUUAAUAUUUGUGCAAAGUACAAGGUAAGCCAGUAGAAUAUCACAUAAAGUAACAGAAAGCCCAAGAGGAGGCGAGUUAGCUUGCAGACAGGAAACACGUUAAGCUGAAAUUAAAACGGUCCAUUUUAAAUCAUGGGAGAACGACAAAGUAGAUGAGGUUCAGCAAAUUCAGCAGAAUCUGUCACUGAACAGCAGGAGUCACAUCAGCGCAACACGAUCCUGAGAAACACAGACGGGCCUUUUUUGUUAGUUUGUUUGUACGUUUCCGGGUUUGUCGAAGCAGAAGUCGUUCUGUUGCAAAGGAAAAACCUACAGAGGCAACAACUAAGCGCUCUGACAAAAACAGCCCGGCUUCUGCAGAGCGUGACGGCUGACUGUGGUGACAGAUUUUACCGAAAGUACCGAGACAACGUGGCAGGAGACCAGAGAGCACGGAGAGAUCUGCCUCUCCAGCCCAUCUUAAAAACUGCUCCUCGCACUUUUAAUAUUCCAUUCGAUUUAGUCCUCAAGCAAAAUAAACGGGUUAAUACACAAGUUAGAUGAUAUUUGCCAUUUUUAGACGUCUUUAAAUACAGAAAAAGAAGCGGAGGAGUAUUCAAAAGCUGUCACUACACACAGAGUAUGUGCUUACUAGUUUUGAUAUAUUUAUCUAGAAUUAUUUCUCCUUUUCCAGAAAAUAUACACAUAGAAAUAUCUCAGUAAUAACUAAAAGUUACAUAUAUGUGUGUGACUUUCAUUUGGAGAAUUUGGGGGUUUAUGAUUGACUUUGAGAAAUGCAGGCUUGCAUGAUGUCUAGGGGCCAAUCUGUAAAUUCUAGCUGAAUGUGAUUCUGCACUAAACACGACAUUUCGUAAAAACAGUUGAACUAACAGAGCUGUGUGUUUACACAGGCCUGGAACAAAACAAAACAAAAGAUAAUUUAAUACUCUGCAGUCUACAGGAAUAAAAACAUAAUUUUCUGACUGUGUAGCCGAGAUCAUUUCAGCUAACUGAAUUAACAUGGUUAUGUGUUGAAGCCCAAACGCAAGCCAGCAAAUACAGUUUAUAAAACAGAAAUUCAGGCACAAGUAAAGAAACCUGGAGAAUACGAAAUGAACCCAUUCAGAACAGGUGGGAGUAUUAUGGUGACCUACUUUAUAGAUGCUUUAUGUCAUAAUCAGAUACUUUCUUUCAAAAAAAAAAACCUGUUAGCCAAACAAAAUCAGAAACAAUCUGAGAUGUUCCCUUCUCUGUAUUCUUUUAUAUCGUCUUUUAUGUUUACGGUGAAUUUAUAGCUAAACAUGUAGCCUUACGUUCAUAAUUAUCCCUUUCUUUUUU